CCAUCGAAACUCACAUCACCUGCGAAGAUGUCCUACAACUGCUGCUCUGGAAACUUCUCCUCCCGCUCCCUCCGGAACCACCUGCGCUAUUCAGGCGCCUCCUGUGGCUCCUCCUUCCCCAGCAACCUGGUCUACAGCGCCGACCUCUGCCCUCGCAGCUCCUGCCAGCUGGACUCCUCUCUCUACAGCCAGGAGACCUGCUGUGAGCCCAUCAGGACACAGACUGUGUUGUCCAGUCCCUGCCAGACGUCCUGCUACCGCCCGAGGACCUCCACGUUCUUCAGUCCCUGCCAGACGACUUGCUCUGGGUCUCUGGGCUUCGGUUCCAGUAAUUUUCAAUCUGUUGGUCAUGUCUUCCCAUCUCUGGGGUUUGGAUCCGGUGGUUUCCAAUCAGUGGGUCAUAGCCCCAACAUUUUCUCAUCCCUAAGUUGUAGAUCCAGCUUUUACCGUCCGACCUUCUCUUCUAGGAGUGGCCGGUGUCUUUCUUUCCAACCGACCUGUGGAUCUGGCUUCUACUAAUAUCAUACUUGAAUACAAUACCUACUACACCUAGAAUUGUAAUGCGAUACUUCCAAUACUGAGAUCUACAUAUCUGUUGACCUUUUGUUUUACCUUUAGCUUAUAAAUUUGACUUCUCUUGUUACGUACUAUGGAUUAGGAAUAAUUUCAAUACCAGUAACUGAAAAUGUAUUCAUUGAAGAAAGGUGCCAUAACUACUACCUUGUAGCUAUAUAGACAUGUGAUACUGAAGCACAUUUAUUUCCUGUUUAUUUCUCCUGUUAUUUCCCCAAAUGCAUCUAUUUCAAAUUUUACUAGUAGGGAAAACGUUUAAGUUUAAAUAAAGUAUGGUAUAUGACAUCCA